UGUCUACCUACAUUACAUAGAGCUAAAAGCUAUUACUAUCUCCUUCACAUGCUUUCCUUUGAUAAAAAUUCAAUCUUUUCUUUUUUUGAACAAGAUAAAAAUUCAAUCUUUAAACAAAGAAAAAACCAAAAGAAAAAGCUUUCUCACUCUCAUUGGCUUAGAUUUUGAGUAACCUCCACACCUUCUUCAUUUCUCUCUCUCUCUCUAACCCCAUUUAUGUUUUUUUCUGGUUCUCACAAGAUUCUAUUCUACAAACAAGAUAAUAUCAUCUUCUUUUUUCUCUGCAAAGUAAUAACAAUAAUAAUACACCCAAAAAAACCCAAAUGCUUAUUCUGUAUUGUGUCCAAAUUUUGAGAGAUUUUGUCAAUGGCUACUGACACCAUCACCAGAUUUAUCCAAAACCAACAAACCAGUAAUAAUGAAGAAGAAGUUAACAGACAAGAGAUUCAAGCUGCCAUUGCUAAAGCUGUGGAGCUUAGAGCUCUUCAUGCUGCUCUGAUGCAGACCACUAAUAAUAAUAACACUAACAACAACAGCCCUUCUAAUAAUCUCAAGCUUCCUUCUUCUUCUUCUUCUCCUCCUCCUCCUAAUCCUCAGUUCUCUGCUCAAGAUUAUCCUGUUUUUACACCUAGUUAUGAAGAUGAAACAGUAUCUGGGUAUCAACAAAAUGAACCAAGAAGUAGAACAUUAUCCGAAAUUUGGGAUGAGUAUGGAUUAGGAAGUGGAACUGGUGAUGAAACAGUUUUAUCAGACUACAAAAAAGAGAAUUCUUGUUCAAGAAAAGGGUUGGUUAAUUGUGACACAACAACAACCAACUUAGAGUCUCAUACAUGUGUAGCUGAGGAUCAUAAAUCUAUGAUAGGAACUUCUUGUGCUAACCAUAUCACAGUGCUGCAAACCUCACCUCUCCAAAAUGACAUGUUCAAGUCAAGAAGGAGAAACAGUUUGGGAGAUUUCAACGCUGUUUCGUCGUGUAAUAGAUGCAGGCCUGCAACUAUAACUUCGGAAUCUGAUAGUGGAGGUGGAAUUAAGAACAGGAGGACUUCCAACAUUGUUGUUCCCUUGACAGACUCUCAUUCCUCGAUGCAUUCGCAGCCUAAGAAUCGCGGUGGUGGUGGUGUGAUGUCUUGGUUGUUCCCUCGGUUUAAGAAGAAGAAGAACAACAACAAAUACGAAAACUCUCCUAAUCGAACUGAGUCUGAAGAUGUGUCAUCUCAAGUGUUUAGAGAGUCUGGGAUUUUGUCAAUUGAGGCACUUAGGAAAGAGCUCAUUGAAGCUCAUGAGAAUCGAGAUGCAGCCUUAAUGGAAGUUUCUGAUAUGAAAUCUUCUCUUGGGGAGUUGAGGGAGAAGCUUGAGUGUUUGGAAACUUACUGUGAAGAGUUGAAGAAAGCUUUGAGACAAGCAACACAAGGUAAGAACUCCCCUGCUCCUGAAAACCUCAGAAACUUUCCGAAAAGAGGAAAAUCUGAAAACUUGAUGCCUGUUAGUGAAGAAGUAAUGGUAGAAGGUUUCUUACAGAUUGUAUCAGAAGCAAGAUUAUCAGUAAAACAAUUCUGUAAAACACUUGUGAUUCAGAUUGAAGAGACUGAUACAAUGCUUGUUGAUAAUCUCAACUUGCUUCUUCAACCAUAUAAACUUUCUCUCAAUUCAAAGUACUCAAAAGCAGUUCUUUACCAUUUAGAAGCCAUUAUAAACCAAUCACUCUACCAAGAUUUUGAGAACUGUGUGUUUCAGAAGAAUGGCUCACCAAAGAUUCUUGACCCUUAUCAAGAUAGACAAGCUCAAUUCGCAUCAUUUGUCGCGCUAAGAAACUUGAGUUGGAAUGAAGUGUUGAGGAAAGGUACUAAGUAUUACAGUGAAGAGUUCAGUAAGUUUUGUGAUCAGAAGAUGAGUCAUAUCAUAACAACACUGAAUUGGACUAGGCCUUGGUCUGAACAACUUCUUCAAGCGUUUUUUGUGGCUUCGAAAUGCAUUUGGUUGCUUCAUUUGCUCGCCUUUUCGUUUAAUCCUCCAUUGGGAAUACUGAGGGUGGAAGAGAACACCAACUUUGAUUCACAUUACAUGGAUGAUAUGUUGAUGGAAAGGCAGAGAAUGAAUGGCCCGAGUCGUGUUAAGAUCAUGGUUAUGCCUGGGUUUUAUGUUCAAGAUCGGGUUUUGAGGUGUAAGGUUCUUUGUAGGUACAAGUCUGUAACAUGAAAUGAUUUGAUUUCGAAAUUCUCUGGUUUUUUUCCUAAUAAGGUUACAUUUUUUUAGUGAAGUUUGUAGCUUUAUUUUGAAGUUGUUUAUAUAUGUUCAAAAUGUUCAUCACUUGAAUUUCUUAUUAGAAAAUAGUAAACUUCAUUUCUUCA